AUGGGGAGGAAAAAGAUUCAGAUCCAACGGAUCACCGACGAGAGGAACAGACAGGUGAGACAGAGAUGUGUGGCCGUGUCUUCAUAGUCUGGACCAGGGCCUUGAAUAUAGUCGACUCCUUAUAAGAUAGGCAAGAAAGAUGUGUGGCCUUGUCGCUCUUUGAAUACUGAAAAAAGGCAUCCUUCCUUCCUCCCAAUCAUACCCAGGCGGGCCGAUUUAUGUGUUAGCCCCCCAAGGCCCAUUUGACACCAUGGGCCAGAUUCAACGUUUGUACCGGUGCAAAGUACGCACCUGUUGAAAUAAUAAAUGGACCAAAAAAGGUCAAACAUAGCUGAAGAGAAGGAAGAAGAGCUUAUAGUUAAUGUUUAAUAAGACGUUAAAGGUUUUAGCUUUUUUCCUUCUAAAAAUAACAGGUGCAAAAUUAUGUCUUUCCCUAUGUUAAUGUACUGUACUAGUGUUAGUGUCACUGUGCCCAUUAAUGAACAUCAUAUCAGUGUUGUAGUGUAAUGUUACUGUUUUCUGGGUUUGUAUAGGGUGUGUGCAGAAUGUAUCUUUAGUUUGUUUGACUUGAAUGGAGCACUCGCACACCCAUGGCCCUUUCUGAGAGUGCAUAGUGUUUCAGGCUGAGUAGGCACAGAGUUCAAACCAACAUGGAGUCAAUCAGAUCACACACAGCCCUGUGGACAGCUGCUCCAGAUAAAUCAAUCCGCCCACAGCAGCUGCAGGCCAGUGGACACAGUCAUAUCAGGGACAGAAGUUACUGAUCUGUGUGUGUGUGUGUGUGUGUGUGUGUUUGUGUUUUAAAAGGGUGAAUGUGUUUGUGUGGGGGUGGGGGUGUGUUGAGAAAAGUGAUUGUUUGCGUACGUGUGUGUUUGAAAGGGUAAAAGUGUGUGGGAGUGGAAUUGUGACCGGGUGUAGGGGUGUGUCUGUGCUACGGUCUUGGGAAAUCUGUUACUGUCCGCUUCUUGUUCGCAAAUAGAUAUAGAAUCACCACUCACCACCCUCCUAUUUGACUGCUGUUCCGAUUAGAUUCAUUUAUUGGUCAUGAAUGGUUAAACAAUAAAAUAACCUUCCUGGUUGUACAUUGCAAAACGCAUAAAAUACCCACAAUACACAGAGGGUACAUACAAAACAUAUUAGCAUUGCAACUGUUAUUGCCUCAGGUAAUUCAGAAAUAUACACACAUAACAUACAGGAAACGUUCAAAUCAAAUACAUAAUUGCUGACCAACGGUUACAUAUCACUACAGUAGCAUUGCAUAAUAGCAUAUUACAAAAGCAUAACCCCAGUAGAUGUUACACCCUUCCUUGUCCUCUAUUGCUCUUCCGUGUGUGUGCGCACUUGCUUGCUUGUGUUUUUGUGACGUAUGUGUGUGAAGAUUCUCUAUAUCUAAAGGAGGUUAUUCUGAGGGAAGGAUAUUGAAGGCCCUUAGCAGUUUUCUCAUCAAAUCAUCUCAUUUGCAUGUUCAGGGAUCUGAGAAACCGGGGGAAGGAGAGUUGGGAAAGAGAGAAGGGUAAAGAGAUGUACGCUGAAGAGAAUGGGAUUAGUUGCAUGUGGCAAAGCUGGGUCCUGUUCAUUAGGCACGAAACGGAAGAAAACACUGAAAUGGAGGGAGAUAUUUUUCGUGACAAUGUUUUGAAGCAUUUUGCUACAGUGUGCCCUAAUGAAAACGUCACUGAAGAACUUGCCUGUGGCACCAAUUCACUCCAUUGCAGAUAAAGGAAACCCACACUGCCGGUUCACUCAGAUUUUUAACACUGUGUCGGAUGUGUUAAUGACAGUACAUAAAUUGACACUUUCUACAGACACUACAACUCAAACUCAUUGUCACUUUCCUCAACCUCUGCAAUCUCUUCCCACCUCCCUCCAUGAUGUUAUGUAAAGCACUUUGUGACAAUGCUGAUGAAAAAAGUACUUGUAUAAAUAAAUGUAAUAGAUUGAUUCUCUAUCCACUCCCAAUCCAGGUGACGUUCACCAAGAGAAAGUUUGGCCUGAUGAAGAAGGCGUACGAGCUGAGCGUGCUGUGUGACUGUGAGAUCGCCCUCAUCAUCUUCAACCACUCCAACAAGCUGUUCCAGUACGCCAGCACCGACAUGGACAAGGUCCUGCUCAAGUACACAGAGUACAACGAGCCCCACGAGAGCCGGACCAACACCGACAUCAUUGAGGUAAAGCAAACAAAAAGGGCUAUCAGCCUCUUACCGUACAGCUUUUGCUUAAACCUGCCUACAAUGCCAGGUGGGCAGGGUUUGUGCUUUUUUUGACUCUUCCUUUUGGUUCCACUGCGCCAGGUAAGUUCAAUCACGCAUAGUUAACUGUUUGAACCCAGGUCUGAAGAGAACAAUGAACCGUAUUGCAGCCACAGUGUCGUGUCGCUUUUUUGUAGCCUCCAGUGUUGUAGAAUACAAAUAGAAGCCAGAGAGGGAAUGGGAAUGUUGUCUCAGAACUGAGCUGUGUGUCUUCUUGCCAAGUCCGGAAGUCUUAGGAAAUGCAUCGGAUGCUUAGCAUCGUCACAGAUCGUUUUGUACUGUAUACCCAACUCCUAUUGUCAUUUAGCAAUGACAACGAUCAUUUAAAGUUGGCUACACAGCACAACCGAUCUGGAACCAGGCUAUCGCACAAAUGUACCUUGAAAUUGUUGUGGUUUCCGUUUUCCUCCCUCGGAUGCAUAUUGAACUAUACGGCUCGAGUGUACUUGUUCAUAUUCAGCCAGACUCACCUCCACCUCCCAUCCUUUCUUAUCUCCUGCCACUCUUUUUUUUAUCCUGUCUUCACAGACGUUGCGAAAGAAAGGCUUCAACGGUUGUGAAAGUCCCGAGCCGGACGGAGAGGACUCCAUCGACCAGAGCCCCCUGAACGACGACAAAUACCGCAAGACCACCGAAGACCUAGACAUCCUCUUCAAGCGCUACGGCGUAAGUGUAAGCAUCUCUCUCUUUCUCACCAUCUCCCCCAAUCUAAAAAACCCUUGCCCUUAGCUAGCCACUAUCCCCUAGUACAGGUGAUAGUACUGGGAUAGGUCAAAUAAGUGCACUGGCUGGUGGUACUCAGAAGUUUGAGAAACACUGCCCUAUAUGGUGAAAGCUCCCCUUCACCUAGAGCAGUUUGAUGCUGCUAUUCUUCCGUUGUCUGCUUAUCAAAAGUCAAGAGACCUGAAACGAUGUUGGAAAGUGCUAACUAUCAAUUCUCUUUCAGUCUGCGGUUCCGCCCUCCACAUUCUCCAUGCCUGUCACCGUCCAAGCCUCUAAUCAAAACACAUUGCAAUUCAGUAACCCUGGCAACGCCAUGGUGACCACCUCCUACGUGACGUCGUCAUCGCUCUCCGACAACCACCACCUGUCGUCCCAGCAACCGGCGCUCCAGAGAAACACAGUGUCUCCUGGGUUGACACAGCGACCGGCCAGUGCAGGUGAGCGAAAGAGCGGGACGGCCUUCUACUGUGGCAUGUGUGAGAAAUGAGGUCUUCAUCAUUCCUCUCCACACAAAAUCUGUGCUCUGCCAUAACCAGGGUCAUGUUCAUUAGGACAUGCAACGGAAAAAAAUAAAAUAAAAUUGUAACAGAAAACGAAUAUGAGUGUUUCUUAAGUCCAGGUAGUUCCUCCCUGUUUCAGUCCAUUUGGUGCCAAAUGAACAAGACCCUGGUUCCAAUCAAUUAAUUGUUACAAUUCAAUGAAUUGGAAACCCGUUUAAAAUCAAUGUUGUUCUGAAGCAAUGAAUCCAGACGACCUGGUAUCAAAUACACAUGUAUUUGAUUAUUUGUUAUUUAAAUAUUUACUUUCUGUGUAUUUGAGGAUUUUCUAAUAAUGUGGCCCAAAUCAACUACUGUUGAUGUACUCCUGAGUGGCGCAGUGGUCUAAGGCACUGCAUCGCAGUGCUAACUGUGCCACUAGAGAUCCUGGUUCGAAUCCAGGCUCUGUCGCAGCCGGCCGCGACCGGGAGACUAAUGGGCGGCGCACAAUUGGCCCAGCGUCGUCCAGGGUAGGGGAGGGAAUGGCCGGCAGGGAUGUAGCUCAGUUGAUAGAGCAUGGCGUUUGCAACGCCAGGGUUGUGGGUUCGUUUCCCACGGGUGGCCAGUAUAAAAAAAUAUGUAUUCACUAACUGUAAGUCGCUCUGGAUAAGAGCGUCUGCUAAAUGACUAAAAUGUAAAUGUAAAAAAUACUUCUAUUGGAAGCAUUUGAAAGUAUUUCGAUAUUUUUUUUAAAUAAAUGGCCUAGUAUUUGAAAAAUAUUUUCAAAUACUUUUUUCCAAAUACAUUAUUACAAAUACUCCUAGGACCUGGGUUCAAAUGCAUGGGAGUAUUUAUUUGUAUUUGAAAAAUACUCUGUAUUUGAGUAUUUUCAAAUACAUGCCAAUAUUCAAUUACUUGUAUUUUCAAAAAAUAUAUAUCUGAAUACUUAUAAUGUAUGUGAAAGUAAUUUAAAUACAUUUUAAUUCAGUGUCCUGCUAGUAGGAGUGUUCAUAUUUUCCUUGCUUCACCAGGUGCUAUGCUCGGCGGUGACCUUAACAACUCAAAUGGAGGAUGCCCAAGUCCAGUCUGUGAGUAACCUUAUGACAGACUACUCUAUAAUACCACUGCUACUGACAAUACUACGCUCAUGGACAGUGAAUGUGUUAAGAAAUGGGUGUACUCAGUGAAAAAGGGCAAAUUAAUCCAACAUCUUAGGUGUUAUACAGAAAAAUUUCCGCACUAUGAUUUGCUCCCACAGUGAUUUAUUGAGAUGCUCAAAUGACAGAACUUUUCCAAAUGUCUCAAUAAAUAUCAGCAUAUUAAAGAUGCGGACGUUGCUUUUUUCAAGAAAAGGGCCUGCUGAAAGAAUGUGAAAAAUGUUUUAUGCUUGUCACAUUGCUAAGAGCAAUCAUAUACUCCAUCCAGAGUCCAGGUCCUUAGAAGUUCCUCUCCAUCUCUUCCUAUCUUCUUUGCCAUUUACUGUCCCACUAUUACUGAGACUGCCCCGGAUCAUCUGGGAAUGUCUCCAGUGACGUCAGCUGGCGUCCCUAGCACUUGCCUGGAUAGACACCAGAGCAAUGUGGGAGCCAGGCGGAGAGAGGGACCCAGAAGGUUCAGGUGUCAACCCUCCCUUGGGGAGAAACCAAAUAUAGCCCCAGGCUUUUGGCGAGAGGGGGAGACCUAGUGUUAAGAAGGCUUGAAGCACGCAAUCCAGGGAUAGCUGAGAUUAUGAUGUAAAGACAUUUUGUCACGUAUCAUAUCAUGUGACACGACAUGUUUUUCUGUGUACUCUGAAUGUACUUUUUGCUGUGGAAUGUACACAUUUCCUCACAGCUCACGAGCAAUGCAAGCUGAGGACGGGCACUUUUUUUCAUUUAAAACAUUGUUUGUCAUUGAGUUGCAUGUUGGGAGCACAUCAGGGGUGUCUGUUGUCCCCCAACCAGUGGUGUAGUGCUAUUAUAAUUUUUUUGGGGUGUGGGAGAACAAAAAAAAAUGUAUGCCGUCAUAAUUUCUCAAAGUUUGUACUGACUGAUGUAGCCUAUUGAAUAUCAUUAUAGAAUAUGCAGAAAAUGCUCCAAUUCCAACGACUGCCUAUGCCUAUUGUCUCAAUAUUUAUUUAUUUUCUUUCUCCUCAAUUUCGAUCUUGUCUCAUCGCUGCAACUCCCCAACGGGCUCGGGAGGCGAAGGUCGAGUCAUGCGUCCUCCGAAACAUGACCCAGCAAACCGCGCUUCUUAACACUCGCCUGCUUAACCCGGAAGCCAGCCGCACCAAUGUGUCGGAAGAAACACCGCUCAACUGACGACCGAGGUCAGCCUGCGCGAUGAGCCAAGUAAAGCCCCCCCCCCCCCAAACCCUCCCCUAACCCAGAUGACGCUGGGCCAAUUGUGCGCCUCCCUAUGGGACUCCCGAUCACGGCCGAUUGUGAUACAGCCCGGGAUCAAAAUGUUAUAUUUUUAAUACAAAUAGGAAAUCAUCACUGUCAAUCAUGAAUGAUAAUUCUUCACGUUUUACAGGUGAUUAUUGGGACUAUGCAGCUUCAGUGAGUAACCAUCCUAAAAGCGCAUAAGAAAUGACUGAGAAAGUGUUUUUGGUGUAAAGUAAUAUAGGCUUACUAUGCUAUAUGCUAUUAUAUUCGGUUCUGCUAUGUAAAAUACGAAUUAAUCAUUAGGCGCAUGUGAUCUUGUAAGACAGACACUCGGACAGUAGGGCGAGUUCAUUAAUUGUGUCGUAGCCCCAAGUCCAUAGAAAACUGUUUUGAGGACAGACAUUUUAGCAACUCCUUGUAUAGUUUUCUGUCUGCUCUGGCAGCACUACAACCCUGCCCCAUCAACAUUUUCCCUGUCAUAGUGGAGGCAUUUUUAUAAUUAUAUAUAAAUACAUUUUCCCCUGGUGUUUCUUGGUGUAUUCCCCCCCCAAAUUCCUGCAUCAUUCAGAUUAUCACAUUGCACAAAAAAAGACCUGUCCCAAGAAGGCAGCCCCCCUCCCUCAUCUAAUUUCCUCUGUGACCACAUAUAGUUGAAGGAUAGAUUAGAAAAUGGGUCUGUGCUGUAUGUCAAAUAAGCUACUUUCAGAUCAGUGAUCAUGAAAUAAAGGACUAUUAGCCUCUGAGGUUCCAUCUUCUAAAUACACUAAACAAUUCCUGCUGUGCCUAGGUGUUGAUUUACCUGCACGUGUUUUGUAAUUUAUCUCGCUACCUUCCUUUUUCCCCUCCAGCUAACGGAUACAUCAGUGCCAGGGCCUCCCCGGGCCUCCUCUCUAUCUCCAAUGGCAACAGCCUGGGGAAAGUAGUCCCGGCCAAGUCCCCGCCCCCACCUCAGAGCCCACAGAUGGUCAACAACCGCAAGCCAGACCUCCGGGUAAUCACCUCUCAGGGCGGGAAGAGUCUGAUGCAGAUGGUGAGCUCAACCAGGCCGAACCACUAACCAAGUUCAAUCAGAACCAGGCCAAACCAGGUCUAACCAGAGCCAACCAGGCUUUACCAGACUAAAUGGGACCUGUCUGUGUUUUGUCAACUUUAAUUGCAUCAAAAUAAUAAUUGAUGCGGGUUGUGGCUGUUCCCGUUCCACAAACUCGUUGACACUUAUUAUGCACAUGGUCAUCUCAGUUUCGUAGCAAGAGUGAAAUCUAGUAUGGACAUUGGAGUUGUAUUUAAUAUUUGUGCCUCCACCAAAACCCCCAGAUUGCCAAAACACAACCUGUGCAAUCUAGAAUAAGCAAAGGUUAUAAAAACAUAUUAUAUUCAACACUAUAAUAUAUCAGUAAUAUACAGUCGUGGUCAAACGUUUUGAGAAUGACACAAAUAUUAAUUUUCACAAAGUCUGCUGCCUCAGUUUUAUGAUGUCAAUUUGCAUAUACUCCAGAAUGUUAUGAAGAGUGAUGAGAUGAAUUGCAAUUAAUUGCAAAGUCCCUCUUUGCCAUGAAAAUGAACUUAAUCCCAAAAAAACAUUUCCACUGCAUUUCAGCCCUGCCACAAAAGGACCAGCUGACAUCAUGUCAGUGAUUCUCUCGUUAACACAGGUGAGAGUGUUGACGAGGACAAGGCUGGAGAUCACUCUGUCAUGCUGAUUGAGUUAGAAUAACAGACUGGAAGCUUUAAAAGGAGGGUGGUGCUUGAAAUCAUUGUUCUUCCUUUGUUAACCAUGGUUACCUGCAAGGAAACACGUGCCCUCAUCAUUGCUUUGCACAAAAAGGGCUUCACAGGCAAGGAUAUUGCUGCUAGUAAGAUUGCACCUAAACAACCAUUUAUCGGAUCAUCAAGAACUUCAAGGAGAGAGGUUCAAUUGUUGUGAAGAAGGCUUCAGGGCGCCCAAGAAGGUCCAGCAAGCGCCAGGACCGUCUCCUAAAGUUGAUUCAGUUGCGGGAUCGGGGCACCACCAGUGCAGAACUUGCUCAGGAAUGGCAGCAGGCAGGUGCGAGUGCAUCUGCACGCACAGUGAGGCGAAGACUUUUGGAGGAUGGCCUGGUGUCAAAAAGGGCAGCGAGGAAGCCACUUCUCUCCAGGAAAAACAUCAGGGACAGACUGAUAUUCUGCAAAAGGUACAGGGAUUGGACUGCUGAGGACUGGGGUAAAGUCAUUUUCUCUGAUGAAUUCCCUUUCCGAUUGUUUGGGGCAUCCGGAAAACACCUUGUCCGGAGAAGACGAGGUGAGCGCUACCAUCAGUCCUGUGUCAUGCCAACAGUAAAGCAUCCUGAGAUCAUUCAUGUGUGGGGUUGCUUCUCAGCCAAGGGAGUGGGCUCAAUCACAAUUUUGCCUAAGAACACAGCCAUGAAUAAAGAAUGGUACCAACACAUCCUCCGAGAGCAACUUCUCCCAACCAUCCAAGAACAGUUUGGUGACAAACAAUGCCUUUUCCAGCAUAAUGGAGCACCUUGCCAUAAGGCAAAAGUGAUAACUAAGUGGCUCAGGGAACAAAACAUCGACAUUUUGGGUCCAUGGCCAGGAAACUCCCCAGACCUUAAUCCCAUUUGAGAACUUGUGGUCAAUCCUAAAGAGGCAGGUGGACAAACAAAAACCCACAAAUUCUGACAAACUCCAAGCAUUGAUUAUGCAAGAAUGGGCUGCCAUCAGUCAGGAUGUGGCCCAGAAGUUAAUUGACAGCAUGCCAGGGCGGAUUGCAGAGGUCAACACUGCAAAUAUUGACUCUUUGCAUAAACUUAAUGUAAUUGUCAAUAAAAGCCUUUGACACUUAUGGAAUGCUUGUAAUUAUACUUCAGUAUACCAUAGUAACAUCUGACAAAAAUAUCUAAAAACACUGAAGCAGCAAACUUUGUGAAGACCAAUACUUGUGUUAUUCUCAAAACUUAUGAUCACGACUGUACACUGAGUGUACAAAACAUUAGGAACACCUUCCUAAUAUUGAGUUGCACCGCCUUUUGCCCUCAGAACAGCCUCAAUUCGCCGGUGCAUGGACUACAAGGUGUUAAGCGUUCCACAGGGAUGCUGGCCCAUGUUGAUUCCAAUGCUUCCCACAGUUGUGUCAAGUUGGCUGGAUGUCCUUUGGGUGGUGGACCAUUCUUGAUACACACAAGCGUGAAAAACCCAGCAGCGUUGCAGUUCUUGACACACUCAAACCGGUGCGCCUGGCACCUACUACCAUACCCCGGCACUUCAAUAUUUAAUCCUCUGAAUGGCACACAUACACAAUCCAUGUCUCAAUUGUCUCAAGGCUUAAAUCCUUCUUUAACCUGUAUCCUCCCCUUCAUCUACACUGAUUUGAAGUGGAUUUAACAAGUGACAUCAAUAAGGGAUCAUAACAUUCACCUGGUCAGUCUAUGUCAUGGAAAGAGCAGGUGUUUCUAAUGUUUUGUACACUCAGUGUAGUAUCAUUGACAAACAGGACAUUUUCCUCUCUAUGUUCACGGUCUUCUGUCCAGCAUGACCUUUAGUCAUAGGUCGGUGGUGAAUAGAGAUGAAUGUAUUUGGGUUCAGAGACAGGUCAGUGGCGUAAUUAUUUCCGCUCCCGCCCCUUUGCAGACAGAUGAUGAGCUGGAGAUGGUGAAUGAGGUGAAUUUUUCUGUCCUGUCACUCGCAUGUGUCUAUGACUGUUGACCUUCCCCCUCCAUUCACAUGGUCACAAGUGUGCAAUGCAAUGCCCAUGAGUGUGUCAUUUAAGGCCGAAGUAUAGAUAUUAUUUUUGUCUUUGGUCCAAUGGCAUGUGGUGGUAUGGUCAUGAGUUUAUGGUCGCCACCUGACUGCAUGUGGUUUUAGGGUCGUAGUUAUGUGAUUCCAGCAUGAUUGCAAAUAGUCCUACAACUAUGAUCAGUUGCUGUAUUUAAGGUGAAAAUAAAGAUGCUUUCAAGCAAUGCUAGCAUCUAUCAGUGGGAAUGUUAGCAGCAUCUUUGGGCGAUGGUCGCCACACACUUCACUUGGAUCAUCUUCAUCGUUUGCCGGCCCAUUUUCUUCCAUCAACCCUGACACCAUUGGACAGCAUGAUGGGUGUCAUUUCACUUGGCAGUUUGUUGCCACCACCAUCUUGUAGCACGUUCCCUGUCCAUCUGGAAACUGCAUGGGGUUACCCAAACAUUGAAUGGCAUACAUUUAAAGAGAGAGUUCACUUUUUGAAGUAAGCUUAUUUCCAACAAAAAAAGUGAACUAUACCUUUAAGGCUCACUCACAUUCACCUGGCAAUGCCACCACAACUAUUAUGUGUGUUGAUGCAUGAUGUCAAAAGAUGUCUCCCGAUAGCACCUCCACCUAAUACGAGAUACAUUUUGAAAGGCUUAGCUUGUCAUGAAUCCAACCGUAUCAACAUUUUGACCUUUUGAUCAUGUCAAAAGUUCCAUUCAUUGAAUACGCAGGGGUUUUAAACAUGUCACUCAUUUCUGUCCAACACCAAGGUUUAAAUUCUUUGUUUAUUUGGUCUAAAAUGUUCCCUCUCACCUUUCUUCCCAGAAUGCCCAGCGUUUGGCCGGCGCACAAGUGGCCCAGGCGCUCACCACGCCGGUGGUCUCCGUGACAACGCCCAGCCUCCUGGCGCAGGGGCUGCCCUUCUCCGCCAUGCCGACAGCUUACAACACAGGUUACCUGAAGCAUGAGCAGAUUGCUACAAAUGCUUAUACACUGAACAAAAAUAUAAACGCAACAUGUAAAGUGUUGGUCCCAUGUUUCAUGAUCUGAAAUAAAAGAUCACAGAAAUGUUCCAUACGCACAAAAAGCUUAUUUCUCUGAAAUGUUUUUUACAUCCCUGUUAGUGAGCAUUUCUCCUUUGCCAAGAUAAUCCAUCCACCUGACAGGUGUGGCAUAUCAAGAAGCUGAUUAAACAGCAUGAUCAUUACACAGGUGCACCUUGUGCUGGGGACAGUGAAAGGCCACUCUAUAAUGUGCAGUACGUCUAACCGGCCAACCGCAGACCAUGUGUAUGGUGUUGUGUGGGCGAACGGUUUGUUGAUGUCAUCAUUGUGAACAGAGUGCCCCAUGGUGGGGUUAUGGUAUGGGCAGGCAUAAGCUAUGGACAACGAACACAAUUGCAUUUUAUCGAUGGCAAUUUGAAUGCACAGAGAUACCGUGAUGAGAUCCUGAGGCCCAUUGUCGUGCCAUUCAUCCGCCGCCAUCACCUCAUGUUUCAGCAUGAUAAUGCAUGUCCCCAUGUCGCAAGGAUCUAUACACAAUUCCUGGAAGCUGAAAAUGUCCCAGUUCUUACAUGGCCUGCAUACUUACCAGACAUGUCACCCAUUGAGCAUGUUUGGGAUGCUCUGGAUCAACGUGUAUGACAGCGUAUUCCAGUUUCCGCUAAUGUCCAGCAACUUCGCACAGCCAUUGAAGAGUGGGACAACAUUCCACAGGCCACAAUCAACAGCCUGAUCAACUCUAUGCGAAGGAGAUGUCGCGCUGCAUGAGGCAAAUGGUGGUCACACCAGAUAGUGACUGGUUUUCUGAUCCACGCCCCUACAUAAAAAUAAAAAAAUUAAUGUGACCAACAGAUGCAUAUCUGUAUUCCCAGUCAUGAGAAAUCUAUAGAUUAGUGCCUAAUGAAUUGAUUUCAAUUGACUGAUUUCCUUAUAUGAACUGUAACUCAGUAAAAUCUUUGAAAUUGUUGUAUGUUGCUUUAAUAUUUUUGUUCAGUAUACAUGCUUGUAUUGUAUAUACUGCACAGACACUGUAGUUCAGGCUUGCACAACUCUGGCCCUCGAGUUCUGCAGUCCUUCUGGUUUUCAUUUCUCCCUGAUACUUGAUGUUACUGGAAAUCAGUUGUUUCAGAGUGGCGGAGUAACAAACAGUGAGUAACAAACAGCUGCAAAAUGCACCAUAGCUGCACUAGUGUGUAGAGAGUUUGAGUUCCUAUAUACAGUCAGGCCAUAAGUAUUUGGACAGUGACACAAUUUGCAUAAUUUUGGCUCUGUACGCCACCACAAUGGAUUUGAAAUAAAACAAUCAAGAUGUGCUUUAAGUGUAGACUUUCAUCUUUCAUUUAAGGGUUUUGUCCAAAUUAUUGUAUGAACCGUGUAGGAAUUGCAACCAUUUUUAUACAUAGCCCACAAUUUUAGGGGCUCAAAAGUAAUUGGACAAACUAACAUAAUCAUAAAUUAAAUUGUGAGUUUUAAUACUUGGUUGCAAAUCCUUUGCAGUCAAUGACUGCCUGAAGUCUGGAACCCAUAGACAUCACCAGAUGCUGGGUUUCUUCCCUGGUGAUGCUCUGCCAGGCCUUUACUGCAGCUGUCUUCAGUUCCUGCUUGUUCUUAGGGCGUUUUGCCUUCAGCAAGUGAAAUGCAUGCUCAAUUGGAUUCAGGUCAGGUGAUUGACUUUGCCAUUGCAGAACAUUCUACUUCUUUGCCUUUAAGUAUUGGGUUGCUUUCACAGUAUGCUUCGGGUCAUUGUCCAUCUGCACUGUGAAGCACCGUCCAAUGAGUUUUGAAGCAUUUGGCUGAAUCUGAGCAGAUAAUAUAGCCCUAAACACUUCAGAAUUCAUCCUGCUGCUUUUGUCAGCAGUCACAUCAUCAAUAAAUACAAGGGAAACCGUUCCAUUGGCAGCCAUACAUGCCCACGCCAUAACACUACCUCCACCAUGUUUCACAGAUGAGGUGGUAUGCUUCGGAUCAUGAGCAGUUCCUUCCAUUCUCCAUACUCUUCUCUUCCCAUCAUUCUGGUACAAGUUGAUCUUUGUCUCAUCUGUCCAAAGGAUGUUGUUCCAGAACUGUACAGGCUUUUUUAGAUGUUUUUUGGCUAACUCUAAUCUGGUCUUCCUGUUUUGAGGCUUACCAAUGGUUUACAUCUUGUGGUAAACCCUCUGUAUUUACUCUGGUGAAGUCUUCUCUUGAUUGUUGACUUUGACACAGAUAGGCCUACCUCCUGGAGUGUUCUUGAUCUGGCCAACUGUUGUGAAGGGGUUUUUCUUCACCAGGGAAAUAAUUAUUCUGUCAUCCACCACAGUUGUUUUCCGUGGUUUUCUGGGCCUUUUGGUGUUCCUGAGCUCACCAGUGCGUUCUUUCUUUUUAAGAAUGUACCAAAUAGUUGAUUUGACCACACCUAAUGUUUUUGCUAUCUCUCUGAUGGGUUGUUUAGAUUUUUCAGCCUAAUGAUGGCUUGCUUCACUGGCAGUAACAGCUCUUUGGACUUCAUAUUGAAGGUUAACAGCAACAGAUUCCAAAUGCAAAUGCCACACUUGAAAUCAACUCUAGACCUCUUAUCUGCUUACUUGUAAAUGAACUAAUGAGGGACUAACACACACCUGGCCAUGGAACAGCUGAGCAGCCAAUUGUCCAAUUACUUUUGGUCCCUUAAAAAGGGGGGGACCACAUAUAAAAAGUGCUGUAAUUCCUACACCGUUAACCCGAUUUGGAUGUAAAUACCCUCAAAUUAAAGCUGAAAGUCUGCACCUUCAGCUCAUUCAUUAUUUGAUUUCAACUCCAAUAUGCUGUGGUAGACAGCUAAAAAAAUUAUAACUUGGUCAAUGUCCAAAUAUUUAUGGACCUGACUGUAGAUGAAGUUUGAUGAAUUUAAACAUUACAGAACACAAAAGGAAAUUAAUGUGGAACCAUUUUCCCUCUGUCUUUCGCCUCCCUCAGAAUACCAGCUGACGAGCGCUGACAUCACCGCUCUCCAUGCCUUGGCGUCACCAGGCGGCUUGCUGCAAGGCAACGUGUCAUGGCAACAGUCUUUAUCCCAGCAGCAGCAGCAGCAACAACAGCAACAACUUAGUCUGGCGUCGCUUAGCAACUUGGUGUAAGUCCAUCCUUGCAUUGCCUACAAACCAAUUGAUGACUGUUGACCUGUCCAUCAAAACACUAUGCGACUGGCCAUUCCUAUCAUGAAGCAUUGUGUCCCCAUGUCAUUUGUAGCUGCAAGCAAUUCACAUCCUUUAGAUGGGGUCUGUGAAUUGGUGUCACCGACAUAUGCCACGCAGAUCCUUUUCUUCUUAAAGCACCAUCGUUUUUUUUAGGGAUGCGACUUAAUACUGGAUUUGAUUUAAGUUUAUAUACUGAUAAAAUACCUAAUUAUCUUAGGUCAGAUCCCAGGUAUUCCUUUCCUCACACAGGGCAUCAAUAUGGACGGUUGUGUUAUGCUGCGUUUUGACUCCACACACAGCUUUACGACGGCAGCACCUAGUAGCGUAGUUGCUUAGAACCUCCAAAGCUGCUAACAGGCGGGUCUUCAAGGCCCGAAAGAGAAAAGUCACAGUUUUGUCUCGAACGGCAGAGGUCAAAGGUCAAAAUGGAUCCCACUGCUAGCACCAAUACCGCCCCGCCCCGCCUCCCCCAACCCAGCCCAGCCAAAUCUUCAGGUGGUCAAUUGAUCCAAAUAAUAGAGGUCAAAGGUCAAAAUGGCCACCGUGUACACACACUCAGCCUCAGUAGUCUGUGUGACUGAGUGUUAUUUCCUCUUGUCCACAGCAUGUGGGGCAUGGACAAACAGAGCGGGGACCUGUCUAGCCAGAUCUCCAGUCUGGCGGCCAAUCUGAGGUGAAUGUCUUUGCCGAGGUGUUAAGUGUACCUUCGGGUGGAUGGGGACUGUUCUCUAUUUGAUGUUUUCCUUCCUUAAGAGAACACAGACCCCUUUUCAGAAUUUUUUUAUUUAGGACAAUGCAAAUUAUACUUACAAACACACGCAAAGUCUUAUUAUAAAGGGAGGGAGUUGUCCUUUCCAGAGGUUGACAUAUUAGCAUUAACCACAGGGGGGCACAAAGGCUUGCACUAACUAUGAAUCAGCAACAGACUGUCCAGAGACCACUUAAGAAAAUCAUGAAAUAUUAUUUACCGCUCCUGAAAAUGUGAUGGUCACAGCUCUUAUUUUGUUAUGCUUCUUCUAUAUUUGAAGAAAUGGGAUUGGGCACAACUUCAAUCUAUUUAUGAUCUAUCUAUUCCUAACAUAUACAUAUUUCCAUAAAUGUAUUAUGAUAUCCAUCUAUUCCUGUUUACAUUGCUUUAUAGAUGGAUCGGUAGAUUGAUGAAUACUCAUAUACACCUUCUUUCACAUACAUAGCUACAUACUCUGUAAUUUUAUUUUGCAAGUGCUCCAAUGUUUCUUUCUCCCCACAGCGCCUCGCAGUCCAACCUCCUCUUGGGUAGAGAUGAGUGGUUGGGCCGGUACUGUAUUUCUCCAUACUGUGUAAUGUCUGUGCGCUUUUGGCUGCCCCGGCAUGUCAAUUCUGUGGUGGUGAUUUCCACCUCUUCUAAAACAGGUGUAAGGUUGCAAAAUUCCGGAAACUUUACCAAAAUUCCCAGGUUUUUCAGAAAUUCUGGAACUGGGAAUUCUCCAACUGGGAUCUCUGAAAAACCCAGUUUCUGGAUUCUUGUUUUUCCAUAGCCUCCAUGAUCCCUUGCCAAAUCACCCCUUCAUACACAGACAAUUUCAUGCUUUUCUAAUGCUGUCGGCCUGUUUUGUAUGGAUUUUGGGAGCUUGAGGGUUACUUUUACUUGUGAAUUGCUUGGAAUGGAUUUGAUCAUCGAUUCAAAAUGGUGUUGCUACUACUAUGCCUUGUUGGUGCUCUGUCUUGUGAUUAGGGGUUGCCUCCAAAACUUCACAUCAGAAACCUGUCACUAUGCUUGUAUUGCAAUACAUUGUAAUUGUCAAGUGAAACUGACUCUCACCCAUCCUGUUUUCCUUCUCUUUCUCUUAAUUUCCAUCUCUGUGCUUAAUCUUUGUCCAUCUUUCCCCUCCCCUCUCCUGCACUUCUCUCUCACCGACGCUCAGGCCGGUGGGGCACAUACCUCAGGGCACCAUGCUGACUGUCAACACCAACUCCAACAUGAGCAUCAAGUCUGAGCCCAUCUCGCCUGGCCGAGACCGCGGCUCCCCGUGCCCCCCGCCGUCCUCCACCCCGUCCUUCUCCGGAGGGGGCGUCCAGACGGCCGCACCUCCUCCUCAGUACCCUGGUUCCCUGCUGUGCCUGGAGCCCCCAACCGGCCGUUCCCCCGCCGACAGCCUCAGCAGCAACGGCAGCUCCUACAAGGGCAACGACCACGACGACCCUGCGGCAGGCGGCAGAGGAGGAAGAGGCAUCGGCGGUAGUGCAGCGGGCAACCCUGGCCGUUCCCUGCCCCCUGAAUUCAGCCCCUCGAUGGAGCUCCUGCGGGCCCAGAAUGAGGCGGAGCAGGAGGGAGCCAACAUCAAACGCAUGCGACUCGAC